UCGGCUCUUGGCGCUUUUAUCUGAACUUGCGUAGAUCACGUGGAAUUGUGCACCUCGAGCUGCACCGUACGCAAGUUGAGUCCUUUUUUCUGGGUUUGAAGGCUGGUUUGUGAAAGAAGAGUCUGGGAUACAGUAGGAACUGCUGCUGGCUAUCUAAUUGACGAAAUGAAGUUUGAAGCUGCUGAGAAUUCCCUUGAGGGAGUCGGUGAUGACGGGUCGGCGGUUUCGAUCCCAUUUACGGAGAUACUGGCGUUAACAUCCAAUGUCAUCCUUACGAUUCCAGAAGGAAGCGAGUCGUCUUUACGUGUAUACUCCUACAAAGCAUUAGAUGUUACUGAUGAGAUCAAAAAGUACUAUCUGAAUGAACUUCCUCCCUAUCUCGACCCUAGAUCGGCGAACGUCACGGUCAUCAACUCAGCCAACGCAGGCGCGAGGACGGGAGAAGCGGUCUACACAUCCCUGCUCCGUCCGCUGUUCAAAGAGCUUGGAGUUGUGCACGAGUACAUCUUGACUGAGUCAAAAUCGUCGAUCCAGUCAUUUGCGGGAUCAUUGGUGCCAGAGUCGGGUCCGCACACUAUCGUCAUCCUUUCAGGCGAUACAUCGAUUCACGAGCUGAUCAACUCGCUCCGUCCUAUAUCGGAAGCAACCGAUCUCACUAUUCUGCCGAUUCCAACCGGAUCAGGGAACGCUCUGAUGACUUCGCUUGAUCUUGGAUCCCCUACGUCCGCCAUGUUUAGCAUGCUCCACGGCUCAGUACGUCCCUUGCGACCGUUCUACGGUUCUUUCCCGCCCGGUAGCAAAGAAGUGAUUCCACCUACAGACGACGAACCUGACGGCCUCACUAGAAUAUUCGCGCUGGUCGUCGUUUCGUGGGCGAUUCAUGCGGCGCUGGUGGGAGACAGCGAUUCCCCGGAAUACCGCAAGCUGGGCAACGACAGGUUCAAGAUUGCUGCCAAGGAAAAUCUAGAGCGCGGGGCGGCAUGGCAUGGAAAGCUGAGCUACGUAAGCUCCUCGGGAGGAAAACUAGAGCCAGUCGAGCUCGAAGACCUCGAGCAUUCGUAUGUCUUGACGACGAGUAUCUCGAGCCUUGAGCCUGGGUUCAAAAUAGCGCCUACAGCUAAGCCGUUAUCAGGAUCCCUAGAGCUCGUGCGUCUUCCGUUUUCGAGCGGAGAGGAGAUCAUGAGGGUGCUAAUGCUAGCGUACCAGGACGGCGCGCAUGUGGGUGAGCCUGGGGUUUUGUACACAGAGAUUGAGAGCCUACGGGUGGAAAUGGGCGAUAGUGAGGAGCGCAUGAGACGGUGGUGUGUUGACGGGAGGAUUGUUAUAGUGCCGCUGGGGGCGACUGUCGAGGUUCAUAGCGGGGUUGAGAACGUUCGGGGGUGGAACGUGUAUAUAGUUGCAUGA